CAACAGAAAGCGAUUGACCUCGCCAGCAAAGCCUCUCAGGAAGACAAAGCAGGGAACUAUGAGGAGGCCCUUCGUCUAUAUCAGUGUGCUGUACAGUAUUUUUUGCACGUGGUAAAAUAUGACACUCAGGGUGAAAAAGCAAAGCAGAGUAUUCGAGCGAAGUGUAUAGAGUACCUUGACAGGGCAGAACAGCUGAAGGCAUAUUUGAAGAAAAAGGAGAAAGCCCCAGCAGCAAAACCUGUAAAGGAAGGAGCUCCUCGACCUGCUGAAGAUAAAGGGAAUGAUAGUGAUGAUGAAGCGGAGUCGGAAGACCCAGAAAAAAAGAAGAUGCAGAGCCAGCUUCAAGGUGCCAUUGUCAUGGAAAAACCAAAUGUAAAAUGGAGUGAUGUUGCUGGCCUGGAAGGAGCCAAAGAGGCACUCAAAGAAGCUGUUAUUUUACCAAUUAAAUUUCCUCAUCUCUUUACAGGUAAAAGAACCCCAUGGAGAGGAAUCCUACUUUUUGGACCUCCAGGAACAGGGAAAUCCUAUUUAGCCAAGGCUGUAGCUACAGAAGCAAACAACUCCACCUUCUUCUCAAUAUCCUCUUCAGACCUUGUGUCAAAGUGGCUGGGAGAAAGUGAAAAGUUGGUGAAGAAUUUAUUUCAGCUUGCCAGGGAACAUAAGCCUUCAAUCAUCUUUAUUGAUGAGAUCGAUUCACUGUGCGGGUCUCGAAGUGAGAAUGAAAGUGAGGCUGCUCGCAGAAUCAAAACAGAGUUCCUGGUACAAAUGCAAGGUGUUGGAGUUGACAAUGAAGGCAUCUUAGUUCUUGGAGCCACAAAUAUACCAUGGGUAUUAGAUUCUGCCAUCCGGAGGCGAUUUGAAAAGCGAAUUUACAUUCCUCUUCCAGAAGCACACGCCCGAACAGACAUGUUUAAACUUCAUCUUGGAACUACAGCUCACAGCAUCACAGAUGCAGAUUUUCGAGACCUGGGGAAAAGAACAAAUGGCUACUCUGGUGCUGAUGUCAGCAUAAUUGUACGAGACGCCCUAAUGCAGCCUGUCAGGAAAGUUCAGUCUGCCACUCAUUUUAAAAAGGUACGAGGGAAAUCUCCUCUCAAUCCAGAUGAGAUCUGUGAUGAUAUGCUUACUCCGUGUUCUCCUGGAGAUCCAAAUGCCCGUGAAAUGACAUGGGUGGAUGUACCUGGAGAUAAGUUACUGGAACCCAUCGUAGGCAUGGCUGAUAUGCUGAGAUCAUUAGCUCACACCAAACCCACUGUGAAUGAACAGGAUCUGGAGAAAUUAAAGAAAUUCACAGAAGACUUUGGACAAGAAGGAUAA